UUUCUCUUUCUCUUUCUUUGCGUCUCUCUUACUUCUUCGUGUCCUGCAAUUCUUGCAAUAAGCCCUCCUUAUACUUUAACUGGACUUUACUACGUUUACUAACCAUUGGAACUUUCGUGACCAGUCCGGUUCUAAGGAGUCGAUCGAUGUGCCUGGCUAGAGCUCAAGCGAAGGAAAAGGAUAAAGAAUACAGAAGAAUAAGAUUACAAUAAGGAAAGACAUACUCGACGAGAAUCUAACGACGACUGUUAUUGUCGUCGGUACGUUUUACGUGGACGUCAAGAUUUACAGAUAAUGAGAAUCCAUGAGUAAUCCAUACAUAUAUAUAUCCAUAUAAAUGCAGGAGGAAGGCUUAGAUCUAGUUGCAUCGUUGAGUUAUGUAACCCUCGUACUUUAUAUGCACUAUAUAUUCACCAUACGUUAUGUAGUUCACGUGAGUACCUAGAAAAUGUAUCACCACGGAGUUUCUCAAGUCAGGAUAAGGAGUAGGAGCUCUCCUAUUCCACUGCUCCGGUGGUGACUUUGCACGCAAACUGUAUACCUAACCUGGUAUUGACUUCUUUUUCACGCACACGGUAAAUAUUAUAUUAGUAACAGCGUCUGUCGCGUUAUAAUUUAUGGCCGAAUCAUGGGGGAGCUUAGUCCUGACCUCAAUCACUUCGAGUUUGAGGUUAUUUUGGCGAUCCCUCUUUUCGCAAGAAGAUCGAUGCAAACAAGGAGGUAUAAUGCAUUGUACGCAUUAUAAGUGUUUUCUGGGACGUUGGAAAAUGACACGACGCCGUAUGUAAAUUGAAUAAUAGGCACGAUAAGUAGCACUGUGGUUACUCGGGCAUAGGCUGAUGUGCUUUUGUCGGCCAUUCUGAGUCCGGAAGUUGCCCAAUGAUGGUGUGAGGGUUGGUCCUGAUGAGCUGUCCCCAUUAAUGUGAGCCAAUAGGAUCAGGUUGCGCGAUUCCACGACCAAUCGCAAGCUCAGGCUGUGAGCUUGCGUCGAUACAAACUGUGCAACAAGUUCGGAGUUGCUUCCUUGUAAGAGCGUAUAUACGGGGGUACGAAGCUAUGGAGCUUUUGAGUUAAGGCGCUACGGUUCACUGACAUCACGAAGCCACUUGCAGGACCUGCGGAGCGGCACUUGACGUCGGGACGCCACCGGUGAAGGACGAACGACAUGAAUAUGUAAACCACAAGGAGUAAUUUGCAUUUGAAUGAUCUCCAGUGUCAUUGGUAAACGAAUUAAUAAUUUGACACGUGGUGGGAUAAAUGUUUGUGGAAUAAUUAAAUUAAUUUACGAGGAGCCGGUACCGUUUUGUGUGUGAACACGAGGUGGGUAGUUUGUUACAGUUGAAAACGGGAGUGCUUUGCAUAUUGCGAAUUUAGAGAGCAAUAAAGCUGUAGGGGGGUUGAGAAAGUUAUUAGUCGGAAUGUGAGGUAUUUGAUAAGGGUACAUAAGAUAUUUUAUGGUAAUGAGUGACAACAUUUUUUUUUUUUUCUUAACGAAAUCAAGAAACUUGACGACAAAAGAUUAUCAUGAAGAUCUAAGCUUCAAGUGAGUGCAGAUGGAUAUUGGGGAGAAAUAACAGACAAGGUGUAAGUGUCGUCCUUUUUUUGAAACAGUGAAAAAUGAUGGUGUCGGGAAAUAGUUAACAAGGUCUUUCGUUGGAUCCGCAGUGAGCUGCAAUCGUAAAGCUCAGACCGCAUUAAAAACUGUAUCCUGCCGUGUUGAAGUCCUCGAAUAAAUCGAUCGAUCUAAAUUCACACUGCAAUCGAGUAGCACAUAAUUUCAAGAUCAUCAUUCUUUAUUGUUCGCACGAAAGCUUUUUUACAAGGGGUUGUAUAAAAUCUAAAGAAUUAUUCGAACGUUAAGGUCUUAUACUGUAACUCUUAAGAAACGUUUAUAGAAAGUACGAGUCUCGAGUGAAAAAAUCUUCGUAGAGCCCUGAGUGGCCAGGAAGGACUCCUGGUGGAGGUAUGAUUGCUACACAAGCAGUAUCGCGUGCCAAUUCUCAUCUGGGCCAGUACAAGGGUGGCGAAAGAAUGAUCGGCAGCGGUACCGGCGCCGGUAGUAAUGACACCAACGGUCAGGGAGGCGGCAUGGACGCUCUGAGCGUCGGCGUCAACUCGGAAGGACAGGAGGCGCCACGGCGCGACGGUUCUCCGCAAGCUCAACACACUAUGUCGACCGGGAUGCCCUCGGCCGGUGUUGAUAGCGACGACGAUGUCGACGACGUCGACGAGGAGGACGAUGGGACAGGAGCAGCGGGUCGGGAAGGAAUGACGGUAGCGACCUCAGCGUCGGCGUCGACGGUUGCGGCGCUGACCGGCGACUUGCCGGGGGCGGGAAUGGGGAUGGGGCUCGGAAUGGGAAUGGGGGUAGCCGAAGGUGGGAGUGGAGGCGGCAUGGGCGGCUAUUGGAGGCAGAGUAGACCCUCUAGUCCUCGCAUGUUGCCUCCGGAGCAGCCGGAGUCUAGGCCGAAGAGCCGACACGAGCCGGCUCCAGCCAGGUACAAUAAUCUUGGUUACUGGAGGGCCAGACGUGUCACCUUCUACAAGAAUGGAGAUCCUUACUUCCCUGGUGUGGAGUUCAGAUUCAAACCUGGGCGUGAUAUUGGAUCUCUCGAGGCACUCCUGGACCGACUUUCAUUGCGUCUGGAUCUACCGCGGGGUGCACGACACAUCUUCUCCAUGGAUGGUGACAGAAAGCUGAGCUUGGAUGAGCUGGAAGAUGGUGCAUCUUACGUUGUUUCUAGUUAUAAAACCUUUAAGCCGGCAAGCUAUGGGAAGAAGAGUAAUACCUGGUACGCGUCAUCGAGCGUCGGUGGGCCUGGAAGAUCUGGAGGUGGAACCGGAAACGUCGUUGGUCCAGGUGGUAGCGUUGGAGGAGGUUGGAGCAGACCACCUGCAGUGGCAAGCCUCAGUAGAAAAGCAUCGAUCAGCGAAGAAGCUCCUCCACCGGGAGGUGGUAAACCAUCUUCUGGUCGUGUCAUCCGUAUUGUUAAUAAUCUCGAUCAUACUGUGCAGUGCCGAGUACUUCUGAAUCUUCGUACUUCUCAACCGUUUGAGGAGGUUCUCGAGGAUCUUGGUCAGGUGCUUAAGAUGAAUGGAGCUAAGAGGAUGUUUACUGUGACGGGUCAAGAGGUUCGUAGCUUCUCUCAGCUCAGGAACGAAUUCGCGGAUGUGGAUACGUUCUAUCUUGGAGCUGCACCGGGAAUCGGUAUCAGCACUGUGACCGGUUCACCAGCGAGACGUUCAAGGUCACGCGGACCUUCGACGGUGGUCGAAGACAUUGGUAGGCAGCGAAGGGCCCGUAGCAAGAGUCGACCUCGUGCACUCUACGUUCCUGAAUCUGAGGUCGUGAGAGUUAACGGUGCGUGUUCAUCUGUCACGCGCGAAGCCUGCAUGUCUAGGUGCACUGUAGCGACUCCCUGCACUGAUCUGUCGGCAGACUACAGCGUCGUGGAGGUCCUCCGCGAGGAACCAGCCAGGGUCACGAUCAGAGGACUGAGGAGGACGUUUUAUCCACCUUCUCAUUUGCCACCUGUUGACAAUUCACCUCCGGAGAAGAAGCUGCAACUUGAGUGGGUCUACGGGUACCGGGGCACCGACACGCGUAGAAAUCUUUGGGUCCUACCCAGCGGUGAACUUCUCUAUUACGUUGCUGCCGUUGCUGUGCUUUAUGACCGGGAGGAGAAUGCACAGCGCCACUACAUUGGACAUACUGAGGAUAUCACGUGUAUGGAGGUUCAUCCUAGCAGAGAACUGGUCGCUUCAGGACAGAAAGCUGGCAGACACAGAAAAGCACAGCCCCAUGUUCGCAUAUGGUCCACGGAAACUCUAUUGACACUCUAUGUGUUUGGAAUGUCAGAAUUUCAAAUUGGAGUUUCGGCUUUGGCUUUUUCACAGCUGAAUGGCGGAAGCUACGUUCUUGCCGUUGAUUCAGGCAGAGAAGCUAUACUGUCUGUGUGGCAAUGGCAGUGGGGUCAUUUACUUGGCAAAGUAGCUACGUUGCAGGAGGAUUUGACAGGGGCAGCUUUUCAUCCGCUGGAUGAUAAUCUGCUUAUAACGCACGGUCGGGGACAUUUGACCUUCUGGAAUCGACGUAAAGAUGGCUUUUUCGAAAGGACGGAUAUAAUUAAACCUCCUUCCAGGACGCACGUCACCAGCAUCCAAUUUGAACAAGACGGUGACGUCGUGACGGCGGACAGUGACGGCUUCAUCACAGUCUACUCAGUGGACGCCGAUGGCGCCUAUUUCGUUCGUAUGGAAUUCGAGGCCCACAACAAGGGUAUCAGCUCCCUGGUGAUGCUGUCGGAAGGAACGUUACUCUCAGGUGGCGAGAAAGAUCGCAAGAUCGCUGCUUGGGAUUCCUUGCAGAAUUACAAACGUAUCACAGACACUAAGCUGCCAGAAUCCGUCGGCGGAGUACGAAGCAUCUACCCGCAACGUCCUGGAAGGAACGAUGGCAACGUCUACGUCGGAACUACCAGGAACAACAUCCUAGAGGGUUCCCUUCAGCGACGGUUCAAUCAGGUUGUCUUUGGCCACGGUAGACAGCUUUGGGGUCUUGCUGUGCAUCCCGAUGACGAAGUCUUCGCCACAGCUGGACACGACAAGAACAUCGCACUCUGGAGAAGGCACAAGCUCGUCUGGACCACUCAAGUAGGAUUCGAGUGCAUUUGCAUCGCUUUCCAUCCGUUCGGUGUCGCCCUGGCGGCUGGAUCCUCUGAAGGUCAUCUUCUUGUUCUCGCUUCCGACACCGGUGCUGCUGUCGCCACUCUCAGGGUUUGCGGUUCUCCUCUAUCUUGCAUCGGAUAUAAUCCUACUGGCGAGAUCAUUGCGAUGGGCUCGCAAAAUGGUAGCGUCUACCUGUUUAGAGUGUCACGCGAUGGCUUCUCUUACAAGAAAAGCAACAAGAUACGUGGUGCGCAACCUCUAGUUCAACUUGAUUGGAGUUCGGACAGUCGAUUCUUGCAAACGGUGACGCAAGAUUAUGAUUUAGUUUUCUGGGACAUCAAGGCACUUUCCUCAGAGAAGAGUCCCCUCGUAAUGAAGGAUGUCAAAUGGUACACUCAUAACUGCACAGUAGGGUAUAUGGUAUCUGGCAUGUGGAACAAUCGGUACUAUCCACUGACUACCGUGUUGACGACGUCGAGUCGUUCAGCGGCCCACGACAUGCUCGUCAGCGGUGAUGCCGAGGGUUAUCUUCGUCUAUUCCGUUACCCAUGCACCAGCACCAAGGCUGAGUACGCCGAGGAAAAGGUGUACAGUUCACAAGUAGCGACGGCACGUUUCCUGUACAAUGAUCAGAACGUCGUAACAGUCGGCGGUACCGACGCUGCCCUAAUGCUCUGGGAACUCGUCGACGAGUAAGAAACUCUUGGUGACGAUCAACUGACCGUUAAAAACAUCCUGACAUAUCAUCCGUAAGAAAUUAAGCGAGACUGCUGGUAGUGGUUGCUAGUACUAAUUUGCAAACAGUUACAUAUUCUCUCAAAAACAAAAAAAAAGGAAAAAAAAAGAAACGGAGUGCAGGCGCUCCCUGUAGUUAACAAACAAGUAACUUUCAAAAUGACUAUGUAUUGUAGAUCUUGAAGUCCCACGUUAGUCGCUAGACACAUAUUAUUAAUGCGUCUCACGUGCGAGUGCAUACGAGAUUACGGAGACAUCAUUCUCUUGAAUUUCAUUUUUUUUUAGACCCAAACCUUCUUAUCUUUCGCAUGAACAUAUUGAACAAGUUAUCAAAACUGUUGCAGGUCAACAUGUUGCCUCACCUCGACAUAUUUAUAAAGAGAACGUAGUUAACAAUAUAUAUAUAUGUAUAUGCGCAUAUGCAUACAGGCUGCAUCGCAUCGCCUGGAUAUAUUUACAUAUGUAUGUAUUUAUUAUGGCGUCGAUUACGGUGCGUCCACAAUAUUAGCCUAGAUUUUUCGGAUAAACAUAAGUAUAUUGGUACCCAAAAAAAAGAAGAAGACAAUGGGUAAAGACUUUCUUCGUGUUUCUUGAGGUAGUCGUAUUAUAAACGGCACGAGAUCGUCACUGCCAAGUUUACGUAAUAGAUUUUUGCUAUCACCGCACAGCUUACAUUCCUUCAGCUACCGUAACGACAAUCCACCCUGACCUUAUUUCCUUAUAAAAAUUUUCCCUCCUCCCUCGACCCUUCGUCUUGUCACUUUAGAUAAGAAGCCUUUAGAGCUACUCGAUAAUCAACGUCGAAUUUCAAUUUAAAUUCAAAAAGGAAAAUUACGCGUACUUUUCUUCACUAGUCGAUAAGCAGAAAUAGGAAAUAGAAAUUUAAUUAUCUUGUUCCUUUUUUUUGGGAGCGAUUGGCGGGGCAAUAAAAAUAAAAGUAAAAUAUACGUACUAAUAGUUGUAUGUAAUCUCCCGAAAGCAUAAGUUACUAUCAAUUAAUAAAGGUAUAGAUAGGUA